UGCUCCGGCAAGAUCAGCGCAACGUGCAUUUGCUGUCAAACAUUUUAUAUUUAUAAGUUGAAGGAGUUAUUGGCUUUUAAAUAAGCAUUGUGCGAUGGCAGCUCUUAAAUACGCGGGGAUGGAUGAUACAGACAGCGAAGACGAGCUUCCUCCGGGCUGGGAGGAGAGGUCCACGAAAGACGGAUGGGUUUAUUAUGCCAACCACGAAGAAAUGAAGACUCAGUGGGAACAUCCCAAAACUGGCCAGAAGAAGCGCUGUGCCGGAGAUUUGCCAUAUGGAUGGGAACAGGAAACAGACGCGAAAGGCCAAAUCUACUAUACUGAUCAUAUCAACAAACGCACAACAUAUUUCGACCCCCGGCAGGCCUUCACUGUAGAAGACCUACAGGUGAAGCCCAAACGCUACGAUGGAAACACAUCUGCGCUUGAUGUACUGCAGAAUCUGGACCUCUCAGACAAGGUCGUCGUCAUCACAGGGGGAAAUUCUGGUAUAGGUUUUGAGACAGCCCGAUCUUUCGCUCUUCACGGAGCCCAUGUGAUCUUAGCCUGCCGAAACAAAAGUCGUGCCAGUAAAGCAGCGGGUCUGAUCACGGACGAGUGGAACAAAGCUCGCGUCGAAGCCAUGACCCUGGAUCUGGCCUCUCUGAGGAGUGUUCGAGAAUUUGCAGAGGCCUUUAAAGCCAGGAAACUGCCCCUGCACAUUCUGGUGUGUAAUGCAGCCGUUUGCACGCAGCCGUGGAGUCGGACUGAGGACGGCCUUGAAUCCACCUUUCAGAUCUGUCACCUGGGUCAUUUCUACCUGGUUCAGCUCCUGCAGGAUGUCUUGCGGUGCUCUGCUCCUGCUCGGGUGGUGAUGGUCUCCUCGGAGUCUCACAGGUUCACAGAUCUGGUGAACUCGUGUGGGAAGGUGGACCUGAAUCUCCUCUCGCCUCCUCAGAAGGAGUACUGGUCAAUGCUGUCCUACAACCGUGCCAAACUCUGCAACAUCCUCUUCUCCAACGAGCUCAACCGCCGCAUGUCUCCCCACGGCGUCAUCUGUAACGCAGUGCAUCCUGGGAAUAUGAUGUACACCUCCAUCCACCGCAGCUGGUGGCUCAUGACGAUUCUCUUCACCCUUGCCCGACCCUUCACAAAGUCCAUGCAACAGGGAGCGGCCACUACGGUCUACUGCGCCGUGGCUCCAGAGUUGGAGGGUCUGGGAGGGAUGUACUUCAACAACUGCUUCCGCUGUCUGCCCUCUCCGCAGGCUCAGGACCCGACGGCCGCUCUCAGCCUGUGGGAACUCAGCGAGAGGCUUAUCCAGGAGCGAUCCACGCUGCCUCAGGCGCUCUGACCCCUCCUUUGUAGCCUCACGCCCCCCCUGACCCCCUGUAGGGUCACCUGUGUGAACAUCUGUGUGGAGGAUGCAAGCGUAGAAUAAUCGUUGAUUUGAGGGGCGAAAAAGAUGCAAUUCUGAACUGUACAAGGACAUUGGCAAUCAAAGAUGGAAGUUAUCUGGGAAUCAGAAGCGGCUGGGGCUUCUACGGCAGAUAAAGAGAAUUCAAUUGUGUUUCUCUCAUGUCAAUGGUGUAAUCGCUCAAUCCUGCGUUAAGGUUUUAACUAAGUCUAGAUCACUCUAUAAAUGUCUCCGUAACAAGCACUAAUGUUUGAGUUGUCUAUUAAGGGGGUACUACAUAUAAAUGAAGAUCACCUUUCAUGGUGGAUGUUUACAGCAUACAAAUACUCUUUUGUUUGGAGAUCAAUGUCUGUACCGAUAAAAAUGUGGAGUAAAUGUUGUAAGGGGCGUAACCUACAAAGACAUAAUGCCAGAAAUGUACAAUUUGCGAACUAUUUACAAACAUGGCAAUUUUGCGUUUCUAAGAACAACCCAGCAUUGGUAUUCUGUACACAAUAUACACAAGACGCUGAAUGCUGUUGACGUUUCUAACUUGAUGGAGCCUCAAAAACCAUUUCAAACUCAUACAAAAUGUUGGACAGUAAAACAGCAUCUGCUUGGAGAACUGGAGGGCCGUUGGUGGCAGAAGGAGAAAAUGAGUCCUCAAUGUCUGAAAAUAUCUGGUGAAGCUCCUUUUGAAUUUCCAGGUAUCGUCUGUUUUUGCAUCAACAUGCAGGGAUUUGCUAAUUGGGUUUUUCGCUGUAAAUCUGGGUGAAGUCAGUACUAGGGGAUUGUGGGUAAGGCUAAGGAAUGGCACUCAGGUUGAUAAAGGGUUUCGUAUUUCUUUCAUUCCUUAAUGUUUUUUUCUUCUAAUCGUCUUCAUCGGGGUUGAUUUUGGAGAGGUUGUGCUUUGUGGCAGUCUUGGAGCCAUGGGUCACCCUAAGCCAGAAGCAUUCCAGUGUAAUACUGUCUGCAAAGAGAAAUAAAGAAAGAUUAAAAUCA